GAAAGUCGUGGAGCUUUGGGUGGUGUCAUCAAAGAAGUUGAGCUUCUAGCCUCCUUGGAACAUCCGUUUCUAGUGAAUUUGUGGUUUUCAUUUCAAGAUGAAGAGGAUUUAUUUAUGGUUUGUGACCUGCUGACAGGCGGUGAUUUAAGAUAUCAUCUGCAAAACAGAGUGGAGUUUUCUGAAGAAAGUGUUGCCUUAUUAGUUUGUGAACUUGGUAGUGCUUUAGAUUAUUUACAAUCGCAACGUGUUGUUCACAGAGACGUCAAACCAGAUAACAUACUACUAGAUGGUGCUGGUCAUGCACAUUUGACUGACUUUAAUAUCGCAACAAGACUGGUAAAGGAUGGCCUCGCCUGUAGUAUGUCUGGUACAAAACCGUAUAUGGCACCAGAGGUCUUUAUGUGUGCACUGGAUGAAGUGGCUGGUUAUACGUUUCCGGUUGACUGGUGGUCAUUGGGUGUGGUGGCAUAUGAAAUGCGUGCCAAUGUCCGGCCUUUUUCGGUACAUUCCAAUACAGCUUUGGUGGAAGUGAAGCAUAUAUUAAGUGCCCCAGUACAUUAUCCACGCUACUGGAGUCAUAAUUUUGUCGAUUUAAUAACGAAGUUACUCUGCGUACAUCCAGGUGGUCGCAUUAGUUCACAACACGAAUUACAACAAACACCGCUACUGCGUCACAUCGAUUUCAAAGAUGUGCUCGAAAAGAAAACGAAACCACCCUUUAAGCCACCCGAAGAUCAUUUAAAUUGUGAUCCCUGCCUGGAGCUAGAAGAAAUGAUUGUCGAAACCCGCCCUUUACACAAAAAGAAGAAACGUUUGGCUAAACAGCGUUCGGCCCAACGGGAUAGUGAUCCAGAGACGACACUCGUCAAAGAGUUCAUAGUAUACAAUCGUUAUAAAGAACUCAAACGCAAAGAUAUGGAGAAAAAAGAAAAUGAAUGGGAAAAGGAAUUGGAAGAGGCCAUGGCCAAUUCGGUGGUCAGUAGUUUAGCGCCCAUAUUAGAGACCCCUCUACUCGAGACCCUAAAAGUAACCUCAUCCAUAGCAGAACAGGGUACCAGUGAAACGGCCACAAAUUCCAGUUUGAAUAGCAGCACCAAAUCAAAUUCCAAUUUUAGUUCCGCAAAAACAUUGACCACGCUAAGUUCAACAUUACAAAUGUGCUCGAAAUGUCAAAGACCCGGUUCGAGAAAAACCAAAACUCCCGAAAGUAUGGAAUUUAUAGAUCGUACACCUUCGCCUCAGCAACAAAUAAGUGGAGCCUUAUAAGGGGAACAAAACUAAAGUAUUUUUUUUUUUUUUUUAAUUGAAAUAGGUUUCACAAAAAACCGUUAAAGAUCUCAAAUUAUCAAACUAAACACACAAAGCAAAGGACUUGUAUUAACUAAAUCAAAAUAGUAAUUACAAAAAAUAAUAGUUUUUUUUAAACAACUAUUUGUAAAUACAUAUUUUACAUAUUUCCAGCAUCUAUCAUAAACCUUUUUAAAGGUUUUUUAAUAUUAUUUUAUUUUUUUUUUUUUUAAUUUAAGACUCAUAAACUGUGAUUCAUUGUAAAAAUCAAUUGAAUUUCAAUUUGCAAAUUUUUAAAUUUCAAAAAAAUAAAACUUUUAAGGGAUUAGAAAAUAAACAAAGAAUUUUAUAAAAUUAAAUUUUUAAAUAACUCAACACUUUUUUAAAUUGUACAGAGCUUUGGCAUUUCACAUCAAGUUACAGAAAAAUUGUUGCUAAACAAUUACUUUGAAAUAAAUAUGCGAUUUAUUAAGCAAAUUCAUCAAUGAAGAAAUAAUAACUUAAUAAAAUUUUUGCAAUAUUUAUGUAGGGGCGGACAUACAUAUUUGUGUAUGUACGAAUUUUUAUUUUUUAACAUGUAAUAAAAAUAAGAAAUUAGCUUCACAUUUCCGAAUUCCCCAAUGUUUAUAACAGAAUUCGAAGAAAAGGAAAUUAAUUAUCACCCCUAUUCAGCAUUUGAAUCGAAAUUUACACCGAUUGGCAACAUUGGUAGUCUGCAUUUCGAUUCGGCGCUCCGCCACUAAAAUAACAACUUACAAAACGUAACUACGAUAUACGUAGACUAUAGACUACACUACAAAUCAAUAUUUGGCUAUAGAUUGGAUUAUAG